GAGAGAGAGAGGGGGGGGGGGAGGCUGUAAACGUCUGAAAAGCCACUAUCACUGACCGUCGCAUUGCACAUCCAGUUAAUGCGACACGGCGUUGUCACUUGCUGCCUGAAAAUGACCGUUGUCUGAGCUGACGUUUUGAGGAGUCACAAGCGGCAGCAUCCUUCAGCUAAACGUUCAUCUCCAUGCCACUCUGAGGAGGAAUCACUCAUCCUGAGUACGAGUUCGGCCCUUGUGUUUCUCUUCUCUUUUCACCAUGGGGGGAGCCGUGAGCGCUGGGGAGGACAAUGAUGACCUCAUUGAUAAUCUGAAGGAGGCCCAGUAUAUUCGCACAGAAAAAGUUGAACAGGCUUUUCGGGCCAUAGACCGAGGGGACUACUAUCUGGACGGCUACCGGGACAGUGCCUACAAAGACUUGGCGUGGAAGCAUGGCAACAUACACUUGUCCGCUCCGUGUAUAUACUCUGAGGUGAUGGAGGCCCUCAAACUGCAGCCAGCACUUUCUUUCCUCAAUCUGGGCAGCGGAACCGGCUACCUGAGCACAAUGGUUGGCCUUAUUAUAGGGCCAUUUGGUGUGAACCAUGGAGUUGAGCUCCAUAAGGACGUGGUUGAAUAUGCCAGAGAGAAACUGGAUGAUUUCAUAAAGAAUAGUGACAGCUUUGAUAAGUUUGAGUUCUGUGAACCCGUCUUUGUGGUGGGAAAUUGCCUUGAAAUCGCUACAGACAGCCACCAAUACGAUCGCAUUUAUUGUGGUGCAGGAGUGCAGAAAGACCAUGAAAAUUACAUGAAAGUACUGCUCAAAAUUGGAGGCAUUCUGGUAAUGCCUAUAGAGGAUCAGCUGACCCAGAUAACCAGGACUGGCCAGUGCACAUGGGAGAGCAAAAACAUCUUGGCGGUGUCCUUUGCCCCCUUGGUCCAGCAGAGCAGAGCUGAUGGAGAGAAGCCUGACACUGUCCAGCUGCCCCCAGUGACUGUCCGCAGCCUUCAGGAUCUGUCUCGGAUCUACAUACGCCGCACCCUCAGAAACCUGGCCAACGAGGACAGUCAGGGGAAGGAGACGGUGCAAAGAGUUCCUCAGAAGCGCAAACGCAGGCGCUGCCGACGGCGACGCAUCAACACCUACGUUUUUGUAGGCAACCAGCUGAUCCCCCAAAUGGUAGAGAGCGAGGAGGAGGAGCACCCAGAGGAAGCACACAAGGAAGUGGAGGAGGAGGAAGAAAGAGACAUUGGCGACAUUGAAAUCCUCAAGCAAGUGAACGUGUUGAGAGACCAAAUAAUGGCGUUACCACUGCCUGAGUCACUGAAAGCAUAUUUGCUGUAUUACAGAGAGAAAUGACUGAUUCAUUCAAUAUCCACUCUUAAUGGGUGCAGCGCCUGCUGAAAUGCUUUUCUUCACCCUUUUCAGUACAAAUGUAGCAUUAUUUCCAUUAAAUCUUGAUGGCAAAACUGUAACAGAAAGAUACGUCAUAGAUAAUAUUGGAUAAUAAUGUUAUGAUUGUCAUGAGUUGUUUGUUGACAUUUUCUUUUGAUUUGUAUAUCGAAAACAAAAAACAAUGUAAAAAGUAUACUAAAUGAACAUAGUUUCACAAACCCGUUUUGAGAUUCAGAUUUUAUCACAAUGUCAGGAUUUCUGCAGAAGUGUGCAGAUUGAAAAUUGUAUAAAAAAAAAACAAAGUUCUUACUAUAUUUGUUAAAAUAUGAUCAUGCUAAGAAGACUUUUAUUGCAGCUUUUUUAGAAGCUUUGACUUACUCUCGGUGUCAGAUGAUUUAAUGAUACUGAAUGGAGCAAAUGACACUGAAAGGCAAAUAAGGCCACAACCUCCCAUUUUCAGUUCAAGAGUAAGACGUUCUUGCAUAAUCAUGAACGGGACACUUACGUCAUUACUCUUCUUGAUAUUUCAUUUUCAGUCAAUGUGUUUUGUACCUUCCUAUUACAAGAGAUCAUGGAGAGACUAGAUUGGUUCAUAAUUUUUUCUACAGGGCACCUUUUUAAUGUAACUUUUUCUACAGGGUGCUUACAUACUUCUGUUUCCUCACUUUGAGUAGCUGACAUCCUACUUGAUAUGAUACGGUGUUGUAAGCCCUCCCCUCCAUGGUUUUCCUUUCCAUUGUUGAUGCAAAUAGUAUAUUAUUUUGAUUAAUCAUAUCAGAGGUUUAAAAUAAGAUAACGCUGAUGACGGGUGUUCAAUGGUGGUUCGCUUUUUUCUUCUUUAUUUUUGGAGGGAACUGGUUAAGGGGAGAUGUUAGUCAAUAAUGAGUACAUGCAUGAAUAUACUGUAAAUGUGUUGGGUGUUCCUGACUUUGCUUCACAUCUUAUGAUUGAUCACUGGAGGUGAUGUCCCAGGUGAUUAAGUCCGAAAAUAGAAUUAAAAAAAAAAAGGAUUUAAAGAAUAUUAAUCAAUUAGAUGGCCUUUAGACAAAUCUCAAAUUCUGUAUAGUACUGCGUUUUGUUGGUUGUUUUUUUUUUUUAAUCAACAACAAUGCAAACUAGAAUCGCUGAGGAUUUUGAAGCCUUUUGUAUCCUGGACUUGUAGACGUGUCCAGCAAAGCACCUUAUUCUGCAGUCCUCAAGUGAAAAAAAAAAAGGUGCCAUUUUUUGGCUUAAUUUGUAUCGUGGACUGGACUUGUAAUGUAAAUCCUGUUUAAUCAAAGUACAAUUUUGCUUGCGGAACUUCCCUGAUAGUGAUGGCUUCUAAGUGCCAACGUAACCCAUCACAUUAGGACUUCUGUGAGUUUGCUGGCACAGUAAAUUUACCCAAACAAAUGUCAUAUUUAUACAAAAACAUUCCACAGUGAAAAAAAAAGAAAAACAGCACAUCACUGAUAGACGCCACACACUUUUUUUCUUCAUGCUUUUACAGUCAUCUUACUUUGAAUGCAUAAUUUAGUAUUCCAAAAGCUGAGUUGAAUGUUGUUGAUAUUAAUUCUAUUCAAUAUAAAAGUGAUAUAUAUGUAUUGUUAUCAUAUGAUUCUGCAUACAGUUUAAUUUGCAUUUGGUUUGUUGUAGCACCCUCUUGCUGUACUGUAUCUUGACACUGGGAACUCGUAGAUCAAAACUCCACUGCUGUCUGUUAAAUAGAUAAGAUAUAUUAGUGCUAUAGGUCUUCAUUUUGUUCUGGUGUAAUGAAAAAUAUUUUGUUUGAAAACAGGGGUGAUUAUUCUAUUAGUAGUUUUGUGUGUGAAGAGUUAACAUUUAUUUUCUGUAAGUUUUUUUUUUUUUUUACAUUCAUCAGAAAGCUUUGCAAGUAAGCAAUAAUGGAAUAAUUUUUCAGCUUAUAAUUACCAAUAACAACAUAGUCCCAUUUGAUUUGUGUAGUAUCCAUUAAAAUUCACAUGACCAAUUACAGGCAUGUGACAGUUUAUAUACCAUUAUCUAAAAUGUAAUUGCUAAUUAGAGAGCACAUUAAGUAUUGAAAGCAGGGGACCUACAACCUCGACUCUCAGGUCACGCCUUGCACCAAAGUUAAUGGGACUGCUGUGAUUACGUUUAAUGUGGACGAGAGCCGGCUACAAAAAUGGCACCCAGUAAAGACCAAGUCAAAACCAAUUCUGUGCUUUUAUAUUAAGUUAAUUUGUCAAGAGCCAAAACAGUUCUGUUACUGUUUAUCAGGCCCAGGUUAAUUUCUCAUAGUGUGUGCAGUUCAUUCUGAAAAUGUGUUGUUUCUCCGUAAAUGUUUGGCACAAAAAUAAAGGUCACAAUCACA